AUGCCUCUACGGAUUGGUGGGCGGCAACUGCUGAGGGCCGAUCCCUCCUGGCAGAUCAGAAAUGGCGCUGGUGUAUCUCAAAUCGGGAGGAGGAUGUUCAAGAAAGGCAGCCCUGCACAAAACAUCGUGACUGCGGCCACGGGCAGAUCGCUAGACAGGCCACCCACGGUGGGACACGUGCUUUCAUCGACGGCAGCAACUACUGAGCCGGCUCUAGAGGGGGAGACUUUCGAAGCACCACAAAAAACAAGACAGGCAGAAUUGAAGCAUGCUCGACCAUUUUCAGACUUCCUCACGGACACCUUCCAGCGUCAGCAUGACUACCUGCGAAUCUCGCUGACGGAGCGGUGCAACCUGCGGUGUCUAUACUGCAUGCCGGAGGAGGGAGUGGAGCUGUCGCCGGCGCGAAACCUGCUGACGACGCCGGAAGUGCUGCUACUCGCAGAUGUGUUUGUGGGCCAGGGCGUGAAGAAGAUCCGGCUGACGGGCGGCGAGCCGACAGUGCGCCGCGACAUCCUGCCUCUUAUGCGACAGCUGGGCGAUCUAAGGCGGCGCGGAUUGCGCGAGCUGUGUCUGACCACCAAUGGGCUAGCACUGCACCGGAAGCUGGACGCCAUGGUUGAGGCCGGGCUGACGGGCGUCAACCUGAGCCUGGACACGCUGGACCCGUUCCAGUUCCGACUGAUGACGCGGCGCGACGGACUGGUUGCGGUGCGGCGCAGCAUGGAUCGGAUCUUGGCGCUCAACGCUGCCGGCGCAGACGUGCGUCUAAAGAUCAACUGUGUGGUGAUGCGCGGGCUCAACGACGGCGAGAUGGUUGACUUUGUGGGCCUGACGCGCGACCACGACCUCGAGGUGCGCUUCAUCGAGUACAUGCCCUUUGACGGCAAUCGCUGGAGCACCGGCAAGAUGGUCAGCUUCAACGAGAUGCUGGAGCGCAUUCGUAAGAGCUACCCGACCCUGCAACGCACGACGCCAGACGCACAUCAUAACCGGCUCCAAGACACGAGCAAGACGUACGAGGUGCCUGGUUUUGCCGGCCGCGUCGGCUUCAUCACGAGCAUGACCAGCAACUUUUGCGGCGGGUGCAACCGGCUGCGCAUCACGAGCGAUGGCAGCCUCAAGGUGUGCCUGUUUGGCAAUGCUGAGGUUUCUCUGAGGGACAUUAUACGGCAGACGAACGGCGGUGAACCCAUAGACGAAACACGCCUGGAGGCGCUGACACGAGCUGCUCAGGAGGCAGCCUCAUCAACGGGCGACCCUGACACGGAUCUCCCGAUCAGCCAUGUACUGCCAAACGCAUCGGCACUGCUCGAUGUCAUCGGCAUGGCAGUGAAGCGGAAAAAAGAACGACAUGCUGGCAUGGACGAGCUCAAGCACAUGAAGAACCGGCCGAUGAUCUUGAUAGGAAGCUCACAGCCACUGCCACAAGCCCCACGGCUGACACACGUCUCGGCGUCUGGCACGGCUCACAUGGUGCCGGUGGGCGACAAGAAGGUGACUGCGCGAACGGCAGCGGCAGCGUGUACGGUGCAGUUUUCCAAUUCCGUAGCAGCGGCACUGGUACGGGCCAACGAGAUGGCCAAGGGAGACGUGCUUGGGGUGGCUCGCGUGGCCGGGAUCAUGGCAGCAAAGCGCACGUCGGAGCUGAUUCCCCUGUGCCACCCGCUGAUGCUGUCAUACAUCGGCGUCGACCUGGAGGUUUCGACGGCUGGCGAGGGGUUUGGUGAGGGGUCUGACGACAAUGCCAAGGGUAGUUGUGGACACGUGAAGAUUUGGGCAACAGUUCGGUGUGAGGGCAAGACCGGUGUGGAGAUGGAGGCGCUGACGGCGGCGAGUGCGGCAGCGCUGACGGUGUUUGACAUGUGCAAGGCAGUGGACAAGGGUAUGCGAAUAGAGGGGCUGCGGGUGGUCCUCAAAGAUGGAGGGAAGAGUGGACGAUGGGAAGAGAAGGGAUGGAGACAGGUUGGUGGCAGCGACUGA